GCUCCAUUAUAUCUUCAUGACCUUGUGAAAUAUAUCUCUGAAUAAUUAACCUUUUUUAUAGAAUUUUUUCAGUUGUCAUUAAGAUUUUCUAUCAGCUUCUAUUUUAAAUUGUGAAAACUAACGAUUUAGUUAAAAUAUGGUUUUUUAAAAUUAAAUUAUUAUAAUAUUUUUGCACAAAAAAUCUUUUAUAAUAUAUCAUGACAUAUGCAAAAAGUAUAUCAACGAAUGGUUUUUAUGCAUCACAUAGACGUGCCACGUUAAUUCAACACCCCAAUAUGAAGGUUCAAAUAUUGCCAGCGCUACAAGAUAAUUAUAUGUAUCUUAUUAUUGAUGAAGCGACACAGGAAGCUGCAAUUGUUGAUCCUGUAGAUCCUGAGGCAGUUUUGUCUGCUGUUCAACAAAAUAAUGUAAAAUUAACAAAGGUUUUAACAACCCAUCAUCAUUGGGACCAUGCUGGAGGAAAUGUAAAGUUAUUCAAACAAAUGAAUAACUUGCAAGUGUAUGGUGGUGAUGAUAGAAUAGGUGCACUUACAAAAUUAGUAAAACACGAUGAUACUUUCAAUAUUGGAAGACUUAAAGUCCAAUGUCUUGCAACACCAUGUCAUACCACAGGACAUAUUUGUUACUAUAUUACAGGAGAUCAAGAUCCUCCAGCAGUAUUUACUGGAGAUACACUGUUUGCUGGUGGCUGUGGUAGGUUCUUUGAAGGAACUGCAGAACAAAUGUAUAAAGCACUCAUACAGGUUUUGGGAUCAUUACCCGAUGAAACUAAAGUAUAUUGUGGCCAUGAAUAUACAGACAAUAAUUUGAAGUUUGGAAAAUACGUAGAACCACAAAAUGAAGCUAUUAAUGAAAAAAUACAAUCAGUUUGCAUACAGCGUAAAGAGUUUUGUCCAACUGUGCCCAGUACUAUUCUAGAAGAAAAAUUAACAAAUCCAUUUAUGAGGGUACACGAACAGUCAGUAAUGGAUCAUACUAAACAAAACGAUCCAAUUCAGACUAUGGCAAUCCUUAGACAGGAGAAAGAUAAUUUCAAAGCAUAAUUUAUUACUGUCAUAAAAGAGACAACAAUAUUUACAUAUUUGUUUCAUUUGACAAUACAAAAUAUUUGUUCUAAACAAAAUUUCUGUUCCUAUCAUGUACUAAAGUACAUGAACAGACUCUUGUUAAUCUUAUAUUUUAUUUUGAAUUGCUAUACAUAAAUAUUGGCAUAUGUGCAAGUAUUUAAUUCUAAAUUACGUAUUUACAAAUUACAUUUAUCUUAAAUAGGAGUACUACGUUAUAUUUAAAGACAUUUGAUUUGGUGCAUCUUCAGAUUUUUUAUUAUAAAUUUGCAUUUCAGCAACAUAUUUCUCUUUGGAUCGUUCAUACAUGUCAUAAUAAACCUGAAAAAAAUUUCAAUGGUUUCAAAAUUUUCAAAAUUUCAUUAAAAAAAUAAUAUAUGCACAAAUGUAAAUAACUGUUUCUCUAAUACAAACUUUUUUGUCUUCCGAACUAAGAGACUUCCAAGUAGUUGCAAGUUGUCUAGUGAGUUCUUGUUUGCUUGGUUCUGGUUCCCCAGCUAAACGUUCCAUUACACGAGGUCUUUGUUCUUGACAGAAUUGGAAAAAUGGAUUCGCUGGUCUUUUUGGUGCAUUUGGGUCAGUUUUUGCACCUUUUCUUUUGGUUCCUUUUUUGGUCCGUUCAUCUUUAGAAUUGUGAGCAGUGGCUUUAGUGCCUUUUUCUUGUUUAGACGUGGCUUGAAAAACGUUAUUUUCUUCAAGGACUCCCAUAGGUGCUUCUCGCCAGCGAUCACCAUGCUGAUCUAAACGAUCAAUUAAAAAUCUGUAACAUAUGAAAUAUUUGUUCUAAGCAUAUUAUAUGAAAACCAUUAUAGGUGAUUACUCACUAAAGAAGAUUGGUUUUAGGCUACUUUAAUAUAACGGGUGACAUGUCAGUGGCAUAUUUAAAUACAUAACCUAAAAAUCAAACUAACUUUUUUUCCUUCCUUGUACGUUUGAGAAGAUUCCUCACUUUUUGAAUUCGAUAAACCAGCCUUUCAUUUUCCUGCAAUUAAAUAUAAUUUAACAAGGGAAUGCAAAAAAGAUAUGAGAAAUUUUGAUUACAGAAAUUAUAUGAACCUGUUGUAGAACUUCACAUCUAUCUAGCAAUAAUUGGUACUUUCGUUUGUAAACAUCAAUUUCUUCUGGCUCUACGUCGUAUUCUGAUUCGUCUGACAUUUUAACAAUAUGUUAUAAUUAAAUUGAAUUAAUGUUUUUCUACAUUGUUUUCAUACAGUGUCAACAGUUCACGCACGUUCAUUCACAGUAAUAAAACUUUAGUAUCACAGGUGACGCUAGUAACUACAAUUUCUGAUAGUACCUCUUGUACGUAACUUCAAAGGAAGAAAAAAAUGAUUUAUUUAUUUGAUAAAAGAUAAUAAAUAAAUUGACAUAUCGGUAAAAGACGCGUCUAGAACAGAGUUUGCUAGGUUAGCGUUACUGACAAGUCGUAUUAGCGGAUUCGGAAAUGAAACACUCUCUAUAAAUUUUGUAGUAAAACCGAUGAACAAAUUUUAAAUGUGUAUGCCAUAUUUCGCGACAAAAGACAAUUUAAUGUUAUGUAAUGUUUGCAUAAUUUUUACAUACUGAAUUUAUUGACUAUUCAUUUUUAAAGAAUUUGAUUAUAUAUUUACAAUCUAUUACAAUAAAAAAUUAGGGGAAAAAGUUCUAUCAUUUAAGCACAUAAUAAAAUAAUAAAAAUUAAAGAUAUUUCAAAUUAUGUAGUCCUUUAUUUUGUAAAACAUUCAUCAAACGUUUAAAAGUGAUUUAUAUAAUUUUUUUAUAUAGUUUUAUAUACAUUAUUUUUAUAUACAAUAUUCAGAUGAAGACAUUUCGAGAACUACUCUAAAAUAUUUGUUUAUUGGUCGAAAUAAUCUUUUUUACGCUUAUUUUCCAGGAAUAAACAUUUUCACUUGCAAUUGAUGUAGUGUAUUUGUUUAUUUAUAUAUUUCUUAAUACAUUGAUUGUCAUAGUGGUUAUUAAUGACCGACGCUUCUGAAUUGUUUGAAAACAAUUAUAAUAUGUAAGAUGGCUAAUAUCGAAUCAAAAUGUUUAAUCACUUAAGUAAGUUAAUUAAUUAGUAACUAUUUUUAUUUAUCUUUGCUACGAAAGAAUAAGUGCUGUGUAAAACACUUAAAAUUUUCAUGGCCGUUAACGUGUUAAAUUAAUAUAACUUUGACUGUUUGAUAGAUAUUUUAUUUUGAUCUUUUACAGUACUUAAUUCUAGCUCAAUUGAUAAUAUUUUCUUUGCCAAUUUGUUAAUACCUGUACAAGCGCACAAUUGGUGAAAUUUUUUCAUUUGGAUAUAUGUAAUAAAUAAUUGUUAGCCGAAGUCUCAAUAACCGUAUAUGUAAUAAUAAGAUGGUUUGAAUAUUUUAAACGCUUGUAUUUAGCAUAAAGUAUUAAACCUAUAGGACGCGUUGUUAUAUUGCCGCGCAACGUAUAAUCAAACGCAUAAGAUUUUAUUUGAUUUAAAUCAUGCUGUUAAAUCAAACUGUAUAAUCUAAAUUACUUUAAAUAUGGUUAAGAAUAAAAAUAUAAAAUAGUAAUGGGAAAUAUAUUUUUAUAAUAUCCACGUUUGAAAUCUUUAGUUUUAAAGAAAAAUUUUUUUAAUGCUA